AUGGGGGCGGGAUCUGCCUGCUUGAAUCUGUCCGUAUUCCGCGUGGCCUUGGGGCGUGGCAGCGUGCGAGGCCUUGAUUGGAUGCCGGCGCAUGGCUAUGUCAUUCUGAAGCGGCGAUCGCUGCCGCAGCGCACGCGCGGUUUCACGGUGAAUUCAUCGCCCAGAAACCAGCCCAGCGCCGCCGCCUGGCUCCUUGGAUGCUCGCCGUCGGCGUCGACGCGGCAACUGAACGCGCAGGCAGCGGAGCUUGGAGCUUCCGAGCUGAGCACCACCGAGCUCGCCGAGAAUCUCGAGAUCCGAGAGAGCGCUGCGCACGCGAGGCAUUCGUUCGAAUGGCUUCCGGCAACUCGCUCGCGCGCGCACAGGCACGCCAGCCAGCAGGACUCGGCCGCGAUGGCGCCUUCAUGGCGAGCGUCCGGCGACUCCAUUCGUCUACGCCCGUUUCUAUCUCUAGGGCUCGGGCUGCCUCGUCACAUUGCUUCGUCGCAUGUGGCGACCACGAUGCUCCGGCAUCGAUGCCGGCCCAGCCGCGCGGGCCAAUCCGAGGCCGAUCCAGCAUGGGCGCCGUCCUUUGCCGCGUUGAACCUGGCUGCUUGGGUUCGUCCGCCCGACGCGCGACGUGAGCGAGCGAUUUGGCGCGCUUUGCGUCGCGCAUUCCUGAAGAUCCGUCGCCACGACGGCAGCAGUACGGGGCCGUCUGUCUGCCUGCCUGCCUGCCUGCCUGCCUGCCUGCCUGCCGCGGCGCCGCCGUAG